AUGUUCACCUGGUGUUCCCUACCCACCGAUGUGGCGCCCAGGGUGCACCUCGCCGGCUUCAUACGGUUUGAGUACUGGCCGUCAGUCAACUGUCAAGUCAGAAUUGUCAGCGAGCUCGAAAACAGCCGCAUCUCCCUAAGGUUCCUGGACCUGAACAUCGAGUCCACCAACAGCAGACGGUGCAUCGACUCCCUCUCGAUUUACGACGGCACGUUCGAGCAGGGCAUGGUCCUUGCGACGGUUUGCGGCAGUGACGUCCCACCUGAGGUGCUGUCCAGCGGACAACAGAUGGUGUUGGUGAUGACGUCAGAUAACAGCGGGAACGGCAGUUUUAGGAUUCUGUACAGCGUCUUUGUGGAUUCAGUGGCAGGUUCGUGUCCAACGAAUGGUAACUACAGCACAUGCACUGAUGGCAGGUGCAUGCCGGGAGAUCUGGUGAACGAUGGGCACGAGAAUUGCCCGGAUGGAGAGGACGAGGAUGGCUCCGCUUUGCUGGAAGAAUCAGCUUCCAACGGGCAAAUUCAAGGUGCAAAUGAUGACGACGAAAAUACGAGCGAAGAGCCGAAGAAUGCCGAAGACCCAAACACCUCGGGAAAAUUCGUGAUCCAUCUCAGCGGCGGGGACAUCGCGGGGAUAUGUAUUGGGGGACUGAUCGUUAUUGUUUUGGUGGGGGUGGCCUGCAAACAAUGUAACAAACCAGGGAGGGUUUCCUCACAGGCGGUGGGAGGUACGGGGCUGCACUCUGUUAAUGUGGGGGAGGAAGUGGUGGAAAACAGUCUGUUGGAAACAGUUUAGCUUUAGGUUACAGAAAGUACGUUACAUCUGGUGCUGUAUCCAAUUAAAACCAAAAGGAGCACACUAUAG